AUGAAACGCACAACUUGGAACAAAUCAUUCACCUUCACAAUUUUCCUCCUUUUACAUUUGAACACUGCUGUCCACGCGAAUGGGAAUGAAUUGAAAGGAACCGAUGGGGUGGAUCCUCCCAAGCACCAGGACAUCACCAACGAUUACAACACCCUUGAACACAUUUCAAGUGAAGGACAAAUCUCAAGGCGCAACGAUGACAGUACUAUACCUCAAAGUAACACACAACAGGAAGAAGAAGGAAGUGAUGUAAAGGAGGGCAAUACUUUCCUCCAUGGGAAAAAUGUUGAAAAAGAAGUGGAAACCUAUUUGAUACAGGAAGAACAAAAUAAAGUGAACCAUACUGACCUGGGCACGGGGAAGCAGGAGAAAGCCUCGCACCAUGUACAGAAGAAUGCAAACUUGAGAAGCACGUCCAAAUCCUCCUCGGAGGCGGCCGUGAACCAGGCGUAUAAUUUUGUUCAGAGGAAUUCCUCCCCCUUGGGCAAGAAUAAGGCAAAUAUUGAACAGGUGGCGAGGGCUCAGGAUGAUAUUGAUACGACCGAAAAUGAUAAUACACACGAUACUAAAGAACACAAUGCUGAUGCGGACAAUCUUAAUGGAGAAGGGGACAAUGCAGAAAAGGGCAAUACGGAAAAUGCUGAUGCAAAAAAGGACAAUGCGGAAGAUGCUAAUGCAGAAAAGGACAUUGCAAAAAAUGUUAAUGCAGAAAAGGACAUUGCAAAAAAUGCUAAUGCAGACACUGGUAAAGGGGGAGAAGAACAUGAGGAACCUCGUAUAUCGCCUCCCGCAGAACAGCCUACGCGGAACGCUCCCCCUUUAGACCACGCAGAGAAGAUAAAAAACAGGCUGCUCAAGGAGGGGAGAGAAUUGAAGGAAACGACAAGCAUGAUCGAUAACACAGUGUACAACGUAGAGCAGAUAAUUUUAAAAACGAAAUUCUACACCACGGCAAUUAGAAAUUUCGUGCUCUUCAAAGUUAAUCACAUUUGUGAAUACUCAAAAUGUGGGCCCAACGCUCGCUGCUACAUUGUGGAAAAGGAUAAAGAGGAGUGUAGAUGUAUAGCUAACUACAUGCCUGAUAAUAGUGUGGAUUAUUUUAAGUGCAUACCUAAGACGGUAAAGGACUGCUCGAAGGAAAACGGCAAUUGUGAUGUCAAUGCAGAGUGUUCCAUUGAUAAAAAGGAAAAUAUAAAAUGCCAGUGUAACCAUGGUUACAUUGGGGAUGGGAUUUUCUGUGUCCUGGGUUCUCAGGGGAAGCAGUCCUUGUGCCUUCUCCUCCUGUUGCUAAUUUGCCUUCUCCACAAGUUUCUUUUUUAG